AUGGCGUCCCCAGUCAACCGCAGCAGCUCCAACGACUUGUCCAAUGGAGGUGGCGGUGGCGGCGGUGGUGGUGGAGGAGACACCGUCAUCGCGCAGUAUCUGGCGACCAAAGUGGCGUGGUGGGCCACGUACCCGCGCAUCCUCGUGGUCACGCAGUCCACACUCAGCACGUACAACCCGGAGACGUUCCAGUGCACCAACCAGUGGGAGAUCGCGGACAUCGAGGACGUCGACAUCUCCCCAGCAGCAGCGGGCAACCAGUUCGUGCUGAGGCUCGAGAAGUCCCGCUUCCGCUCGGCCAAGCUCAAGUUCGCCUGCUCUGCUAGGGGCCACCUGCUGUCCUUACUGGCGAGGCUGCGGCGCCAGGCUCAGGGGAAGGCGCUGCUGUACCGCGUCGUGAGUCCGCGGCGGCUGCACUUCCGCUGCAUCGAGCAGUUCGCCAACGCGUCGCACAAGCUGCUGUUCCUGCAGGUGACAGUGUCCAGCGUCGUGUUCCUGGACGAGUGCGGCCGUCGCGUGCAGAUCCUGCCCUUCCUGUACCUGCGUAAGGUGGCCUUCUCGUCGGCGCACAGCGAGGGGAUGGUGCUAUCCACCGCCUUCCACGACCGGUUCUUCCUCUGUGGAGAGCGUCACGAGUGUCUGAACGAGAUCGUGGCCGCGGCGAACGAUGCCGGCGUGGAGCUCUACAAGACGUCGAGUCCCAUCACUGCGCUGCAGCUCCGACUGCAGAACACGCAGGUGCUGGAUCGCGCCUCGGUCAUCCGAUUCGACGUCAAGAAGGCCAGGAACACGGAGGGCAACGGCGACGCUGCGCCUGCGAGUGACGGCAGCGAUGGCGCCAAGAAGGCGUACAAGAAGAUCCAGUUGAUCCUGCAGGGAGACGCCGUUGUGGAGAUGCACCGCUCCAUGCGCACAGUUGUCGCUCGUCCGUACAGCGCGUUGCUUGCCAUUGUUCGCCCCGACUGGGACCCGAGGACGCUCGUGCUGGAGUUCAAGCAGGAGGACACGCUGGUGCUGGACGUCGAAGGCCGCGACCAGCUCGUCACGCUGCUGCUGCUCGUGUGCAGGGAGGCAGGACACCACAACGUCAUGCUGAUCUCCUCAGGACUCAACUACUGCUGGUUCUACCACCCUCACUCCGCUGACACUGCCGUAGGGGAUGACAGCAGCUUGGCAGGAGCGUCGAUGGAGACUUUUUUGCUGAGGAGGAUCACGCAGACGGGGGUUCGACCGGACGACAACAACGGCGGACGAAGCCGAGGAAACAGCGUGUGGUCCCCGCGUAGGCGACGCGGAGCGAGUGUGUCGACGCCCAGGGGCUCGCAAGGGAACAACGACACGCCUCGGUCUACUGACUCCGACUCAAGUGCUCGUGGAGGCUGGUUCCAACGUCGAAUUAAGGAGAAGCGUUCUACUGAACCCCACUACGAAACGCGCAACUCCAUCGACUCGGGUCUGUCCAUGAACGAGAGCGUGAGCAUCACUAUUGCGAUGGAGGAGCUCAACGCCAAUCUGCCACUGGAUGAACUCACGCGCAGCGGUCCGGGCCAAAUUAAAGUGGUCAACAAAGCACUGGAGCUUGUGUUCGAGCACUUCGUGACGUUGAUAGCCUCUCUCCGACGAUACGGAGACACCACAAGCUCGGAGCUGAUCACCACGUUGCAAGCACUCGUGCGCUUGUAUCAUCAUCCAGACGCGUGCUUCACUGACGAGACGGUGAGAUCCCCUAUCCCCCGAGUAUUUGAUGCCGUCCACGAGCUCAUUCUCCAGCAAGAUGUGCUCACUUGCUACUGGUGUCUGAGGUUGUUGCAGUGCUUCUUGGGCGUACGGACGCCAAACACUGCAGCCAACUAUAACGCUGCUGGAGACCAGCGCGCCAAGAUGAUCCAGCAUUUCGUGCACAACGGAACGCUUCAACACGCCAUCGUCGACUUGAUCCCAGCCUCGUUCGCUGUAUCAAACACCUCUUCCUUCAUGGCGAACUCGUCCACCAUCGGAGAGGCGUUCUGGAUGGCUGACCCGGAUGCUGUGCAGACGCCACCUUCCAGUCUCUCGUCGUCGCAGUCUUCGAUCCUGUGCACGAAGGAGGCUCGAGUGCAGAGCGAGAUCAACGUCGUGUUUUACGAAACGCUGUUGACGCUGCACCACUUGCUCAUGUACUUGAAAAGCUCCGCCAAGAUGCAGCGCGCGUCACGAGAUCGGCAAAACUACAUCGCAGCAGGAAAUCGACAGAUUCAACACGGCAGCUACAGCGACGUACCAGCUGAGAAACACACUGACGCACUUGCAGGUAAAUUGCUGGAGAAAUAUCGAUUCCUGAUGGACUCCAUCGUCGACGUUCGUCUCGUCCGGAUGGCUGAGACGUCCGUGGCGCUCGUUCAGUUUGUACUGAAUCACUUUGCGACCAAGACGACUGCUAGUCAGCUGCGGUUGGGACUAAGCGACAACCAGCUCUCUCACGCGAGCAGUGGGGGGUUCUAUGACUCGCGAAAGAGGCGGUUGGGUGCGCUUGGAUCAUUUCUUGACGACUAUCGCGCUGUGACCGAGAGCAGAGCGGAGACUCGAUCGCUGCUGUUUGGUAGCGAGAGAACCAUUGAAAUGCCGCUCAACACCUUCAGCUACGCCACCACGGAGUGCACCAACGCGGCCAUGGAGAGACUACUGAACCCUGGAAUGACAAACCGUCUCGGGACAGUUCUGUCGAACGGAUCAAUGAGACUCGAGUAUCUGGACCCCAGCGAGCCGCCGAGUUCCGUUCGUGAUGAAGAUAUCUACAUGAAGCCUCUCGAGCCGGAGAUCAAGAAGAAACCAUCGCAAAAGGAGAUCCACCCAGCUCCACCAAGACAGUUGAAGUACAAGAAGCCCUCGCUGGAGCCACACAAGCACGACACUUAUGACAGCCUUGCCCCGGGCAACAAUACCCAAGUGUACCAGCCGUCACUACCAUCGUCCGUGGAGCGUUUAGUGGGCCAGACAAGCCCCACACGCUCCAUACGCAGCGAUGUCGGGGCAAACCUCCUCAAAAGCGACGACGAAGACGACACGUUCGGCCCAUUGCUGCAUAGUGAUCACGUUUCAACUGCGGCACGGUCACCACGCGCUAUCCGCAAAGCGUUCCAGGCCUCGGUGGGGGCACGACGAACCGCAAACGAAUGUGACGCCUGCAUCGGAUGCAACGACGUGUGCACGAACGAGAAGUGCUUCUUCUGUGCGGAGAAGGAGUACCAACUGAAGGUCGCGUUCGCCGGGUCUUCCGUUGCUACUGGACCCACAGUGCGCCAAGCAGCGUGGCAACAUCGAGCACCGUCGUCGGUCGAAAGCUCCUUCAAUGUUGAACGGGAGUACUCGUCCUGUGAGAUGAAGCGGCACCAGACCCAACGAACGUGCUGGAUCCGUGUAGACGACAGCGUAUACGACGUGACUGACUUGCUUGGAGUACAUCCUGGUGGGGCACAGGUGUUGCUCGAGGCAGCACAACACGGCGGAGACUGUGGUCCCAUUCUGAAGACUCACCCACCUGCUGCCCGGGAGAUGCUCACGCAGUAUCGACUAGGUUGCUACAACGAGUGCAACAAGUGCUGA